CUUAUAAAAGGCCCCUAAUUGCUGCUGCUCGUUCCCAAAUCCCAAGGAAAACUGCAAAAGUAAAACAAACAAUCCAUCGUCAUGGAGCUAAGUGCAGCAACGCUUAUCUUCCUCUCCCUCCUGUCCCUGCCAAUUGUUGUGACCUUGCUCAGCCGCAAACUAACGCCGAGCUCCAAGAAGAGGCGGCCUCCUGGCCCGUGGAAUCUCCCCUUCAUCGGAAGCCUCCACUACUUCAUCAAGUCGCAUCCGCAGGUCGCUCUCCGGAACCUGGCCAAAAGGUAUGGCCCUGUGAUGUUCCUCCGGAUGGGCCAGAUCGACACCGUCGUGAUAUCCUCGCCGGUAGCCGUGCAGGAGGUGCUCCGGGAAAAGGAUAUCAUCUUUGCGUCUCGGCCAACCAUUGUUGCCUCCGAGAUCUUCUGCUAUGGGAACCUCGAUGUCGGCUUUGCGCCAUACGGCGCAUAUUGGCGGACACUGCGCAAGCUCUGCACGGUGGAGCUCCUCAGUGCAAAGAUGGUGCGGCAGCUUGCACCCGUCAGGGAUAAAGAGACUUUGUCCCUCAUUAGAAAUAUCCAAGCCGCUGGCCAAGGUGGCGAGCCAGUCAAUCUCGGAAGGUUGCUCUUAUCCUGCUCGAGCAUGAUCACGGCAAAGGCGGCAUUCGGUCAUGCUUGCAGCAGCGAGCUCCGCGAGCAGUUCCUGUCUGGGAUUGAAGUGUCGAUGAGGUUCAGUGGGGGCUUCACAUUCGGGGACCUCUUCCCAUCGCUGAGGUUCAUUGACGUUAUCACUGGGCAGAGGCUUAGGAUGUGGCGAGCACACAGGCAGCUUGACGCCGUCUUUGACAAGAUCAUAGCUGAAUGUGAGGGACUGCAAGGUGAUUCCCUUGUGAGCGUCCUCCUUCGAAUCAGGGACGAGGGGGAGCUUGAAUUCCCCAUCGGCACAACAAACAUCAAGGCAAUUUUAUUGGAUAUGUUCACUGGUGGGACAGAGACGACAUCAUCAGCUGCAGAGUGGGUCAUGUCAGAGCUCAUGAGGAACCCAGCGGUAAUGGCUAAGGCACAGAUCGAGGUGAGACGAGUAUUCGACAAUAAGAACCCACAAGACCAUGAGGGCAAGAUGGACGAGCUACACUACACUAAGAUGGUGAUCAAGGAGAGUAUGAGGCUGAACCCAGUGCUGCCAUUGAUGAUCCCCCAUCUUUGUCGGGAGACAUGUGACAUUGGUGGGUUCGAAGUCAAGGAGGGCACCAGGGUCAUGGUCAAUACGUGGGCCAUGGCAAGGAAUCCCGAGUAUUGGCAAGAUGCGGAGAAGUUCAAGCCGGAGAGAUUUGAGGAUGGCACGAUUGACUACAAAGGUUCCCGGAUCGAGUAUUUGCCAUUUGGGAUGGGUAGGAGAAGAUGCCCCGGUGAUAUAUUUGGGUUGGCUGCCCUGGAGCUCAUUAUUGCACGCCUUCUCUAUUACGUCGACUGGAGCCUCCCAAGUGGAAUGCAACCUGAUGAAAUUGACAUGGACAUGUUCGUUGGCGCAACGACAAGGAGAAAGAACCAGCUGCACCUAGUGGCAUCACCUUAUAGAGAGGUUUCCGUGCAAAGCUGAUCGAAGGAUCAUGGGCAGAUGCCGCAAACUCGUCUUUAUCUCUACUCUCAAAAACCUUCUAGUAUUUGGUUCAAGGAGAUUGAUGCCGGAGAGGAACUUAUCCAGAGGUUCGGGAUUGAGUUGAUCCCUCCUAUGUCACACAAUCCCUAUGGAGAUAAAUCCCUGCUUCCUUCAAAUCCUUCUCUUAAAACAUAUGUCUGAUUUUCCUGGGUCUAAUCAACUCGAUAUGGGAUAUUCAGCACUAAAAGCACAAAGAAAUAAAGCACCUGGCAAAUUGUAACAACAGUAUACUGUUGGAGGUAUGCCCUAGAGGUAAUUAUAGAGAUGAUGAUAUCUGAUUGUAUCCAUGAUUUGUAUCUUGUGUUCAUUGAAUAUCCAUUAAA